CAGAGGGAUUGUAGCAGGACAAAAAAUGCUGCGUUUUGCCGCCGCCGCCAGUUCUCGAGCUUCCACCGGUGCCGCCGUCGCUUCAUCUCUGGCCAACGCCGCGCACCCGGCGCAUACCAACGUUUCCAACGGAACGUCUUCUUCCCUUCGCCCUAGGACUCUCUGUCCGUCCAAUCAAUGGGCGUCAACAACAUCGUUUAAGUUAACCGGAUGCCAAGUUAAAUCCAUGGCGGAAGCUCUUUCAGCUCCGAAGCUGGACUCAGAGUCCUCACUGGCUGGAAAGAGGCAAGCGUUGAUUUCACUGUCUGACAAGAGGAAUUUAGCUUUGCUUGGCAAUGGACUACAGGAAUUGGGAUAUGUAAUAGUGUCCACUGGAGGAACAGCCUCUGCUUUGGAAAGUGCUGGAGUUUCUGUUACCAAAGUGGAAGAACUUACUCGUUUUCCCGAAAUGCUUGAUGGCCGUGUGAAAACUUUACAUCCAAACAUACAUGGAGGUAUCCUUGCUAGAAGAGAUAAAGAGCAUCAUAUGGAAGCCCUUGACAAGCAUGGAAUUGGUACGUUUGAUGUGGUAGUGGUGAACUUAUAUCCCUUCUACGACACGGUUACCACUUCAAGUGGGAUUUCUUUUGAGCAUGGGAUUGAGAACAUUGAUAUUGGUGGACCAGCCAUGAUUAGAGCUGCUGCAAAGAAUCAUAGCGAUGUUUUGGUUGUUGUUGAUUCUGAAGACUAUCCAGCACUUCUGGAAUAUCUCAGAAGAGGGCAAGAUGACCAGCAGUUUCGAAGACGGCUGGCUUGGAAGGCUUUCCAGCAUGUUGCUUCUUAUGACUCUGCAGUAUCAGAGUGGUUGUGGAAGCAGACUGGGGGAGAUAAGUUCCCUCCCAGCUUGACGGUACCUUUGUCCCUCAAGAGUUCGCUUCGAUAUGGUGAAAAUCCUCAUCAGAAGGCUGCUUUUUACAUUGACAAGUCUCUCUCUGAGGUCAAUGCUGGUGGCAUUGCAACAUCCAUUCAACAUCAUGGAAAGGAGAUGUCAUAUAAUAACUAUUUAGAUGCUGAUGCAGCGUGGAACUGUGUAUGUGAGUUUACUAAGCCCACUUGCGUGAUUGUGAAGCAUACAAACCCUUGUGGAGUAGCAUCACGCAAUGAUAUUAUUGAAGCAUAUAGGCUAGCCGUCAAAGCAGAUCCAGUUAGUGCUUUUGGUGGCAUUGUUGCCUUCAAUGUUGAAGUUGAUGAGGAUCUCGCAAAGGACAUUAGAGAGUUCAGGAGCCCAACUGAUGGUGAAACUCGCAUGUUUUAUGAGAUUGUUGUUGCCCCGAAGUAUUCUAAGAAGGGGCUUGAGGUACUUCGUGGAAAGUCAAAGACUUUGAGAAUCCUCGAGGCAAGCAAGAAUAACAGAGGGAAGCUCUCACUAAGACAAGUUGGUGGAGGUUGGUUAGCUCAGGAGGCAGAUGAUUUGACCCCAGAAGAUAUCCAGUUCAAUGUUGUUACCGAGAAGGCUCCAGAUGAAAAAGAGCUUCAUGAUGCACAAUUUGCGUGGCUUUGUGCGAAGCAUGUAAAGAGUAAUGCUAUUGUUAUUGCAAAGAACAAUUGUAUGUUAGGUAUGGGAAGUGGCCAACCAAACCGUCUCGAGAGUUUGAGGAUAGCAAUGAGGAAAGCAGGGGAUGAAGUCGAGGGAGCUGCAUUGGCCAGCGAUGCUUUCUUCCCAUUUGCCUGGAAUGAUGCUGUUGAAGAAGCAUGUGAAAAUGGGAUUGGUGUUAUUGCUGAGCCGGGAGGAAGCAUCAGGGACGCUGAUGCUGUUGACUGUUGUAACAAGUAUGGAGUUUCACUUGUUUUCACCAAUGUGAGGCAUUUUAGGCAUUGAUUGACAUGGGGGUUAUGUUUUCCAGAUUGGAAAUUUUGUUUUGACCCCCUUAUUUUCAUCAGUCUUUUUGCAUUGGUGGUCUUUGGUUCCAAGUUUGUGAAAUUUCGGUAGGUACUGGACCUUUUCAGUCCUCUAACUUUCUUAUGUGUCGUAUGUAAGAUUAGCAGAGAGCGUUGGUCUAAAGAGCAAAGCAGUUUUACACAAGUGCGUCUGUGUUCGUGUAUUGUUCUUACUUCAUUUUAACCUUUUCUUUCCUUAA